AUGUCUAUCCUGUUCCUUUUCUGGGUCGCUGUGACCGUUGCAUCUAUUGUCAAUGCAGCCGAGUUCACCAUGACAGCCUCGCAAUAUGUCGGUGUGAAGACUGGAACGCCUUUCGAUAUUACCUGGGCCGAUGCGACCGGUCCUGUAACACUGCUCUUAAAGAACGGGGCAGCAAACAACCUUCAGACUGUUGAGACAAUCGCAUUUAGACACCAGAAGCAACAUUGGCAUCUGGCACGUAUGCUUUCGAGAUCGACGACAGUGGAGGACCGAACUAUAGCAUACAGUUUACACUGGCGGGAUCAGCGGCAGCAAGCUCAAGCUCAGUCUCUAGCCAAUCAUCAGUCUCUCAAUCUCAGUCAACGCCAAACAGCAGCCCCCACCCCUUCCGGGCACAGCGGCCUCUCAACAGGAUCCAAAGCAGCGAUCGGCGUUGGAGUAACCUUCGGCGUACUUCUGUUCGCAGCCUUCGGAGCUUUUGCAUUCUGGUACGGCAAACGAGCCGCGAGUCGGAAGAACAACGAUAGCGGGGCGAUCACCAACGAUAAAGCGGAGCUCGGAUCGGGUGUACCGAGACGGAGGGAGUUAGAGGAUACAAGUAUACCGCUGAACGACGAAGAGAAAUCUGAGUUGGAUCGAAGACGGAGAGCCGCGGAGCUGGAAGCGGGGUCUUCUCCUAUAAGCCCGGUAGAGACGGUAACGGAGAGAGCAGAGCUAGAAGCUCUUCGAGAGAGGGGUAAUGCACCUAUUGAGAUGGAUUGA